AAUUUAUACCAUUUUCUCCUCAAUCAAAACGUAUAACUUCUCGACGAGCCAUUAUUGUUUUGUGCCAACAAAAUAGAAGGGAAAUAAAAAUUAGUCAUUCCGAUUACAUCUAAGUUUAUCUUUGUGACCGAAAAAGCAAUGUUUUAACAAAAGUGCAAGUGCGUGUUAACCAGACGAAGAACAUUUUCAAUUACCAAACCAAAUAUACCAAAUAUUAGCAAAAUGCAUCACCACAAUAUGCAUCGACGAAUUGCACACAAUUUCACAUAUGUGUCCAGCUGCGUAAAAUACAUGAUUUUCUUGCUGAAUUUUGUAUUUUGGCUGUUUGGUGGUCUACUAAUCGGCAUCGGAUUCUACGCUUUCUAUGACAAAUGGCAAGCAACUGGUCUGGUUCGAGUCGAGACAAUCUACGACGUUGUGCUCAAUAUUUCACUAGUUCUCAUCAUAUCGGGAUCGGUCAUUUUUAUUGUCAGUUUUGCAGGCUGUUUGGGGGCCUUGCGGGAAAAUACUUGUCUCCUAAAAUUCUAUUCGAUGUGCUUGCUGCUGUUCUUCCUAUUGGAAAUGGCCGUGGCCAUCGUUGGCUUCGUAUUUCCGCACAACAUGAACAGUUUCCUCGAAGAUUCAUUUACGGACAAGAUAAUUCACACGUACCGCGACGACCCGGAUCUGCAAAAUUUCAUCGAUUUCGCGCAACAAGAAUUCAAAUGUUGCGGAUUGAGCAAUGCCGGCUACUUGGACUGGGGCAAGAAUGAGUAUUUCAAUUGUUCGUCACCGAGUGUCGAACGAGGUGGUGUUCCAUAUUCGUGCUGCAUAAAUGCCACGGACAUUUCGUCGGGACUGGUGAACAUAAUGUGCGGUUAUGGAGUGCAACAGCAAUCGGUGGCAGCAGCCAGUAAGAAAAUAUGGACCAACGGAUGCAUAGAAAUUGUUCGGGUGUGGGCUGAACGAAAUUUGUAUUUCAUAGCGGGAAUAGCUCUUGGUGCUGCGCUCAGUCAAUUGUUAGUGAUUUAUUUGGCUAAAACGUUGGAGGGUCAAAUUGAUUUGCAGAAGAGUCGUUGGUCGUCAUGAAUGUAAGUUUUUUUGUUGUAAAUUCGGCGCUGGCAUUUGAACGACAAGGUCGCGUCAAUUUACCGUAAAAUGAAUGAAGUAUUCGAAAUAUUUACACCGGUCAUCCAAUAAUCUCGUAACACAUUAUUAUGUAUUAAGCAUAGUCGGAACCGACGCCAGAGACUUUCCAGUUUUUAGUCCUUUGACUUAGGACAAUUUGUGUGAUUUUACAAAAUAAAUCUGUUAAAUGAUAAGACGUCAAUCGAAUCGAUCGACAAAGUAUAACUGAACGAUAAAAUAACUCAAAGAAGAUUAUGGAAGAAGAAAACGGUCGCCAAGCCAAAUAUCGUCAACAACAUUUCUGUUUUUACUCAAAUAAAAUAAUUAAAUAAAAUGAGAAAAAAAAACGUUCCGUGGGGUAGAUCUUAAGCAUAAAUUUAAAAUUGAAACAGUGAAAAAUAACAAGAAAAAAAACAAAAAUUUAAUAUUCCAUCCAUCGUCCUAUAUGUGGAUUUAUUAGGAAUUUUCUAACAAAAAAAUUUUCUUUUCUAGAAAUUUUAUAAAUGUGAAAAACGAACAAAAAGUUCAAAAUGUUCGAAAAAAAAAAAAUAAAAAUUAAAUCUCAAUUUACGACUGAAACGGUUGUUGAAACUUGUAUCGAUGAAAAAUAGUAUACCGAAAGCGGACGCAUUUCCAGUGGACUUUUU